ACCGGGAAGUAAUUUCACACACAAGAAGCGAAACAUGGGAAGCGAAGCAGAAGUCAGAUGUCAUUUAUUUCGGGAACCGUUUUUAAACUUUAAACAACCUGCAAAAAACCUACGAUUCAGUGGGAACAUUUUUUAAAUUUACCUUCAACGUGGAUCAGUUUUUGACCCAGAAGAUGGCUUCCUGCUCAUGUCUGAGUUUCCUAACUUUUCAGAUGUUAAUAUCGCUGGUCUUGUCCUCAGGGAGACCUAACAUCCUUCUAAUCGUGUCGGACGAUCUGCGGCCCGCUAUGGGAAGCUACGGUUUCCCGGGGGUGAUGACGCCCAACCUGGAUCAGCUGGCGUCGGGGAGCUUCGUGUUCCAUAACGCGUUUGCUCAGCAAGCGGUGUGCGCACCUAGCCGGACCUCCUUCCUGACCAGCCGGCGUCCUGACACCACCCGGCUGUACGACUUCAACUCCUACUGGAGGGUCCAUGCGGGCAACUACACAACAUUGCCGCAGUACUUUAAGGAGCAGGGCUACCACACCAUGUCCAUAGGGAAGGUCUUCCACCCGGGCAUCGCCUCCAAUCACUCGGAUGAUUUCCCGUACAGCUGGUCUGUACCGCCAUAUCAUCCCGCUUCUUUGGCCUAUGAAAAGAGGAAGGUCUGCAGGGGCGAGGACGAGAAGCUCCACGCCAAUCUGUUGUGUGCCGUCAACGUGUCGGAGAUGCCGCUGAAGACUUUGCCCGACAUGGAGAGCACAGCAGAGGCUAUCAGGCUGUUGCAGUCCAUGAGGGCGCCACAGGAGCCCUUUUUCCUAGCUGUGGGCUACCACAAACCUCACAUUCCCUUCAGGAUCCCGCAGGAGUUCCUGAAGCUCUACCCCCUGGAGAACAUGACUCUAGCCCCUGACCCCGAAGUCCCAAAAGGUCUGCCUCCUGUGGCCUACAAUCCCUGGACAGACAUCCGAAAACGGGAGGAUGUGCAGGCACUGAACGUCAGCUUUCCCUACGGCCCGAUCCCUCCAGACUUCCAGUUACGGAUUCGCCAGCACUAUUUUGCUGCAGUAUCUUACGUGGACUCGCUGGUGGGAAGGCUGCUGAGCGCUCUGGGCGAUUUGGGAUUAGCCAGGAACACCGUAGUGCUUUUCACCUCUGAUCACGGCUGGUCUCUGGGUGAACACGGGGAAUGGGCCAAGUACAGUAACUUCGACGUGGCCACGCGUGUGCCGCUGCUGAUCCACAUCCCCUGGAUGAUGUCACGCGCCGGAUGGACGGUGGGGCGGAGCUUCCCCUUCUGGGACGUGUUCCGCUUCCCCCACAAACGCUUUGCCAAAGGAUGGGCUGUCAGAAGUGUGGUGGAGCUGGUUGACCUUUUCCCCACACUAGCGGAGCUGGCAGGACUCAAGGUCCCCCCACCCUGCCCUCAUGCCUCCUUUGCCGUCCAGCUGUGUACAGAAGGUUCCAGCCUGGUCCCGAGUCUUAGGGUCCCCGAGCACAGGAUUGACAAGGAGGCCAUUGCAUACAGCCAGUACCCCCGGCCCAGCGACGAGCCCCGGGACGACUCGGACUUGCCGUCCCUGCCUGACAUCCGCAUCAUGGGUUACUCUGUGCGUUCCUGGGACUACCGCUACACGCUGUGGGUGACCUUUGACCCAACUCACUUCCAGGCCAACCUAUCGGACGUCCACGCCGGAGAGCUGUACCUCCUGUGGGAGGACCCGGGACAGGACCACAAUGUGUAUGUUAGCAGCGAGCACGGUGCCCCCUACAGGAAGCUCAGCUCAGUCCUCCCGUGGAGAGAUGUGCUGAAGCAACACCUGCUCUGUUUCCAGAAAGGGUUAAAACCUGAAGGAAUGCUUUGAUUCUGCACUGCAUGGUGGAGAAGGACGACAUCCCAUACAGGGCAGCCAUGUUAAAAAAAAACUGAAGGGAUUAUUUCACAAUUCUGGGUUUACCUUAAGGAAUGAGGGAACAAGAGUAGAGAGAGAAUAAGGGGAAGAUAACAUAAGGGAACAAGAGCAGAGAGAGAAUCGGGGGAACAUAACAUAAGGGAACAGGAGCAGAGAGGGAAUCGGGGGAACAUAACAUAAGGGAACAGGAGCAGAGAGGGAAUCGGGGGAACAUAACAUAAGGGAACAGGAGCAGAGAGAGAAUCGGGGGAACAUAACAUAAGGGAACAGGAGCAGAGAGAGAAUCGGGGGAACAUAACAUAAGGGAACAGGAGCAGAGAGAGAAUCGGGGGAACAUAACAUAAGGGAACAGGAGCAGAGAGAGAAUCGGGGGAACAUAACAUAAGGGAACAGGAGCAGAGAGAGAAUCGGGGGAACAUAACAUAAGGGAACAGGAGCAGAGAGAGAAUCGGGGGAACAUAACAUAAGGGAACAGGAGCAGAGAGAGAAUCGGGGGAACAUAACAUAAGAACAUGGGAGCAUGAAUAAAGGGAAGGUAAGAAUGA